AUGAAAUCUGUAUACAAUGCCAUUGAUCUUCCAUUAAAAGAAGAGUAUGACGAUAUAAUAGUGGGAGGAGGCACAGCAAGCUAUCCUUUGGCUGCAACAUUAUCAGUGAACUACUCGGUUCUUGUCCAUGAAAGGGGUAGUGCUCCUCCUUCAUACCCCCGGCUGGUCUUGACCACAGAUGGGAUAGUAGACAUUCUCUUGCAGGAAGACGAUGGUAAAACACCUGCUCAAAGGUUCACUUCAGAAGAUGGUGUAGCGAAUGUUAGAGGAAGAGUCCUUGGUGGGAGCAGCAUGAUCAAUGGGGGAUUCUACUCCAGACCUGAUGACCAAUUCUAUAACGAAUCUGGAGUUGAUCCUGACAAUGGAUUCAGUCUACAACACUUGGUGGGAACCAAAACUUCUAGUUCAACCUUCGAUAAUGAGGGAAAGAGACAUGGAGUUGUGGAACUUCUUAACAGAGGUGAACUAAAGAACUUGAAAGUUGCAAUUGAGGCCCAUGCGGAAAGAAUCAUCUUCUCUUCCAAAGCAUCAGGUGUAUCAGCAAAUGGAGUUGUAUAUAGUGAUUCGAAGGGGAGGACUCAUGAGGCAUUGAUAAGAAACGAAGGAGGGGUGAUAUUAAGUGCAGGGGCUAUUGGGAGCCCUCAGCUUCUUCUUCUCAGUGAAGUUGGUCCAUUUCCUCAUGUUUCGUUACAUAAAGUUCCGGUAGUCAGCCAAAACCCCGAUGUGGGAAAUUUUAUGGCAGAUAAUCCUCGUAAUGUGAUCAACAUUGUUGUCCCAUUUGCAUUGGACCCUUCACUUUCAACCAAAUGGAACCGCUCCCUUAGAAUUGAGCGUGGCAACCAUAAUGAGAAGUUCUCCGGACCACUUUCAAGUGGUUCCCUCCGGCUGGUUUUGUUUACCGAUGUCAAAGUUAGCCCAACCGUCCGAUUCAACUACUUCGAAGAUCUGAAGGACCUUGCUCGUUGUGUAAGAGAAAUGAGGUUGGAUGGUUAUAUGCUCAAGACUGACGCCAGGGAAAGGUUCAAGCUUGAGGAUUUAAAGGGUGCUGAAGGUUUUAAGUUUUUAGGACCUUCUUUGCCAAGAAACCUCUCCGAUGAUGCAUCAAUGGAGGUGUUUUGUCGAAGCACAGUGACAACCUUCUGGCAUUACCAUGGUGGAUGCUUGGUGGGAAAGGUUGUCGAUGGCGAUUUGCGAGUGGUGGGUACAAAUUCACUUCGAGUGGUAGAUGGAUCCAUAUUCAACACAUCACUCGGAACUAACUCUCAGGCCACCCUCAUGAUGAUAGGCCAGUAUGUAUAUUAA